AUGGAGGAGGAGAAGAACGAGGCCAAGAGGCGGGAGCGCAAAGAAUUGAUUCUUGCGCAACAUAAUGCACAGGGUCAGUCCAGUCUAUGGACUGGACAACUGGAAGAGGUCAGUCCUCCACAUCUCGGGAAGCUCAACACCAAGGCCCAGUCAUCCAAGUCAUUGUUCCAUAAGGUAUUUAGCCGCUACCCACGAGCUCUUUACAAAAAACAGGCCCAGAAACUAAAAAGCAGUAACCCUUCAGCCUAUUCCACAUAUGCCUCACACAACAAAAACUGGCCUCUUAUCAGCGCGGGAAAGUUCCAGAAGAUGUUUGGCUGGGGCGAUUUCUACUCCAACAUCAAGACGGUGAGACUCAACCUCCUCAUCACAGGAAAAAUUGUUGAUCAUGGUAAUGGUACGUUCAGUGUCUACUUUCGCCACAACUCUACAGGCGAAGGUAAUGUUUCUGUGAGCCUGGUGCCCCCUUCGAAAGCAGUGGAGUUCGAUUUGGAACGGCAGAGUGUUGUUUACCCCAAAGACUCCAAGAUCUUCACCUGCCGUGUGGACUAUGAGAAGGUAGAGCGUAGCAAACGCACGUCCCUUUGUAACUAUGACCCAUCCAAGACCUGCUUCCAGGAGCAGACACAGAGUCAUGUCUCCUGGAUCUGCUCCAGGCCUCUGAGAGUCAUCUGCAUAUAUAUCUCCUUCUAUAGCACUGACUACCGACUGGUCCAGAAGGUCUGUCCGGACUACAAUUACCACAGUGCUCUCCCAUAUCUGCCCUCAGGGUAA